CGGGUGCCACCCGCGAUCGAUGGUGGUGACCCCUGUCACCCAACCAGCGAGCUACCCCAGACAAAAGUCGCGGCGGCCGGCCAGCGGCGGCGGCGAUUAGAUCGCGCGAUGUGGCUCUAAGAAAUAUCGCGGUAUCACUCGCUGUGGUUGAACAGCACAACACGACAAGCCCACCCACGCCCUCUCCCUGGCACUCUUCUUUCCUCAUCCUCUCAAUUACCUCUCUCUUUCUCUUAGGGCUGGAAACUUCAUCUUUUCUUUACCACCGCACAAUCUCAACCACAACCACAACCACAACCACAAGCUCAAUUUACACACGCCCCGAUUUACCAGCACAGGUGCACUUGCGCCGCACCACACCACACCACACCACACCACACCUUGGAUUUCUGACGCUGAAGGGAAAAGGAGGGAAAGAUGCAUACCUCCAUAACGCGCGCGCAGAACGCGUUUGGGUUCUUCACGACGGUGGCGUUUGUCGUUGCGCUCUUCGUGGCGGGGAGUGAUUACCUCGUUGCGCGGACGCCGGGGGCGGAGGUUAAGGUUGGGAGUGGAGGGGUUACGGUCACGAAAGGACGACCGCACUACUACAGCACCAAGAAAGAAGAACACGCCAGCAUCCGCUUUGAUCUCAACGCCGACCUGUCGAGCUUGUUUACCUGGAACACGAAACAAGUAUUCGUCUACGUGACAGCGGCGUGGAACGAGACCGCAGGCAGCGCGGAGGCAGCACCGAACGAGGCGGUCAUCUGGGAUACGAUCAUCACCAGCCCUAGCGCGGACCACUUGGCGAAUCUGCCGAAGGUGGCGAAGCGGAAGCUGGUGGAGAGUGGGAGGGGGAAGAGCGUUGAUAGUGGGCGCGGCAUUAUUAAGUUGCGCAACCAAAAACCAAAAUACCAAAUCACCGCCCCCACCGGCAAGGUCGCGCAAGCCCGCGGCGUCACGCUCCGUGUGAGAUACAAUGUGCAGCCGUGGGUUGGUGCGCUGGCGUGGGAUACGGAGGGGGAGGUUGGGCUAUGGAAGCCGAUGAAAGGGGGGGAGAGUAAGAGGUUCGAUUUACCGGCUGUGAGGGAGAAGGGGGGGAAGAAGGUUUAG